UUCGAAAAUCCCUUUUGUGACACUCAUCUUCCAGCGAGUUCCACUUUCCGUCACCACUAAGGGGACCAUGUUUCGGAGGGCAUACUCAAGGGCAUGCUUCUUUUGGAUCUAUACGUAACCCACCGCCCAUCCCCGAGUCAGGCUGCCGCGUCCGUCUCGAAUGACUCACCCAGAGUCCUCCGGCCGGCCGGCCGCAUCCGUCAGAGGUCCGCGCGCUGCAUCGAUGGAGGCCCAGUUACUACGAACAAGCCAAAGUUGUCGCUUGGGCCUCAGGCCUCAGGUACCGAAGUCCCCUAUAAAGUUCUUGAUCACCAGGUUGUCAGGUCUCUCUGUGUUCGAUCCGCUCGCAACCUUGAACUUCAGGUUUGCCGCCAUCCCUCUCUCGACGUCAUUCCUUCCACUUCCCGCUCGUUGAAUCAUUGUCAUGCUGUCGUUUUCCGCAGUUCUAUCAGCCCUUUUUUAUGCGCGUUACGUGUCUGCUCUCACGACGCUAUUCAUCCCUGGUUUCGACCCUCAGCCUGUCACUGCGAACCUUCUGGGUACUCAGGAUGGUUUGACAUCCUAUGUCAUCGCUCCGGGCAUGUCCACCAGUGGCAUCCCUGAUGAACAAGGGUUCUACGGACCAGCCACCCUCGUCGUCGGCGCGAGUACCGCUGCAGUCACGUAUGUAGAAGACACCCUCGGCUUGGCCAUGUACGAGAACUGCCAGCUCGUCGACGGACAGGCCGUUUGCGAAGAAGUCAUCAUCCAAAUGGGCUCGGACGGGUUCACCACGACGGCAACAGAGACGCAGCCGAUUGAGUCUUUCGCCGUGCAAGGUGGUGGCUCGGCCUCCGGCAGCGAUGCCAUCCAGACAUCCCCAGUUCCGACUGGCGACUUUGCGACUUGGACGCAGCCCCCCUUAUGGACUUCGGCGUAUUCAACUCUGGGUGGGUCAAAACCCUGGUCGCCGUCUGCUUCUACGGCCUCGUCGUCGCCCUCGGGGACGUCCGGGUCGACCAUUCCCACUUCCACUGCGAACACCAGCGGCGCUAUAUACCUCCACUCAUCUGGCCUCCUCGCCGCGGUCAUUGCAGGAAUGGUUGGUGCUUUCACUGCGGUCGCCUGAGGCCUGAGUAGGCUAUGACGCACAACUGCAACCUAGUUAUUGGUCGCGGUACGCGGUGUACAGCACUAGAGUGUACUCGCCGCCAUUCU